AUGUUUUUAGCCACAGCCAUUAUAUCCUCAUGCAAAAAAGGCACUGUGUUGAAAGGAAUCAAUGUACUCAAGGACGGUCAAGACCCAGUUGCGAUGGAUGAUUCAGAAUAUCCAGCAUGGCUAUGGAAAUUGCUAGAUCCAAAACCUGAUUACUUGGCUCUCGAAGAUAAACUUGACAUUAAUUAUUUGCGCACAAUCACUCGUGCAAAGAUCAGAGCCAAUACACUUGCCAAGCAAACCAAGUCGUUUUGA